AUGCCUGGUACUCCCGGUGCCAACGAUGAAGGAAAUAAUCAACCUUCUACUCCUUUCAUGAUCUUUUUCACUCCAUUCAUCUUCCCGCAACAAGAAGUUCAACAUCCACACGUUUCCGACGCUGCAAUGAAAAAAUUACCGAUCAUCACAAUCAAUCAAGAACACAUAGAUACGAAAGCAACUUGCCCAAUUUGUCUCGAGCAAUUUUCUUUAACCGAAGCUACUAAAGACCAAACUCAAACAUCAAUAAGACAAAUGCCUUGUAAACACAUAUUUUGCGAAUCAUGUUUAUUUACGUGGUUGAAACAAAAUAAUACAUGCCCAUUGUGUAGAUAUGAAAUUAAUGAUGAUCAACAAUUACGAAAUGAGACGCCUCCAUCAACUCCUAAUUUCACACAAAACGAUGAUAUGAUGACUAAUUCCACUACCAAUUCCUCCGAAGCUACGAAUUCACACCACCAAAAUAAUUCGUGCUCAUGUGAUUUGGCACAUGUUGGUUGUUGUGAAGCGCAAGACGAUCCUAAUACACUUAAUCCUAUAAUUACAUUACCACACUGUCAUCAUAGAUUUCACGCCUCAUGCUUAAGAACUUCUUUAAUUAUUGAAGGUUAUUCAAUAGAUUCAUCAAAUCCGUUGGAAUUCUUUUGUCCUACAUGCCGUGCACCGUCUAUUCUUCAUCCUGACAUGUUAAAGUUUCUAGAGAACAAUAACCCUGUGGGUCAAAAUGACUCACCUUCUCCUAUAUUUGCACCUCAUGAAAUGGACUUGGAUUAA